UUCGUAAACUAAGGGAGAUUCGAGUCGAGACGAAGGCGGCCAGGACAGGACGACCGAGGAGAAGAUGGGAGACGAGAAGGUGAAAGACGACGCCUUGAAGAUGCUCGGUCUCUUCCAAGUUCUUCCUCGUCUAGUCGUUUUCGAUCUCGAUUACACUCUCUGGCCAUUUUACUGUGAAUGUCGCUCCAAACGUGAGAUGCCAUCUCUUUAUCCACAUGCUAAAGGUAUAUUGCAUGCACUCAAGGACAAAGGAAUUGAUGUAGCAGUUGCUUCUAGAUCACCUACCCCUGAUAUAGCAAAGACAUUUCUGGACAAAUUGGGGAUUCAAUCCAUGUUUGUGGCCCAGGAGAUCUUCUCCAGUUGGACCCACAAGACAGAGCAUUUCCAAAGAAUCCAUAGAAGGACCGGGGUUCCCUUUAGUUCAAUGCUAUUUUUCGAUGAUGAGGAUAGAAACAUUGAUGCGGUUUCAAAAAUGGGUGUGACAAGCAUUUUUGUUGGCAAUGGGGUAAACCUUGGAGCACUGAGACAGGGGCUCGCUACAUUUACUCAAAAUUCAGUUCCAUCCGAGACCGAGAGGAACAAGAGAAAAUGAUUAGUUUUUCCUUAUUUUGCUUUUGAAAGGUUGUGGAGUUUGUGCACAUUGUCUGAGAUUGUUUAUUGUAGUUCUCAUUCAAAUGGGAAAAUCAAUACAAUACAACUGUUACAGAAAUUAUUUGCAAUCUAUUGCUAUCAGUGAGUUCAUAGUAA